AUGAAUACCAUGGAGACUACUCUACCUCUCACCGAUACGACAGACUGGCACGGCAUUUUGACAGCCGCCGAUCCCUUGCCCGUCCUACCAACAUACCAAGACACCAUCCUCGACAUCCCUCCCAUCUCAACACGAGCCGGUCUCUACGUCUACCUCUCUUCUAUGUUGUCUCCGCCACCAACUUUCUCGAAUGCCAGAAUCAUUCAGUAUCUCCAGACACGAUAUCAUCCGCCGAUAGACGAUGUCCAAUCUGAAAUUGUUCAGCAGCAAGCGACUGACCUGAUCCUCACGUCUUUCUUGGUGCUGGCAAAUUCUUUAUCUACGAGUGUUCCUGAUCGGACACGGAUCUUAGUUCGGAACUUUAUCGUGAACAAAUUGCCUGUAUUUCUACAUGGACAGUAUUUCAAUCUCCUACCGCCGCCUUUGACGAUUGAAACUUGUAUUCGCCAAGCACUAGCGCAGCUACCUUCAGACUCGCUGUCAGCGCAGACAAGGGCGUCCUUCUCCUUAGAUGACGCACGUCAGGAAUUUAUCUACUCCGCCGCUCUACACAAUCUAAUACCCGAGGCAUCUAUCCAGGAUAUCCUCAACGAUGUGUCGUUCCUUGAUCUCCCAACGACCCGUUACACGUCUGAGAAUAUUGUUGCACAGAUUGCGACCUCUUCGACUGACUUAAAUCAACUGGAUGCCCUUGUCAUCGAAAUGGAAGAUUUCAAAGGGAAUUCCGGCGCCAUAGCUGAGGCGCUUGGGGACGUGAUCCGAGGUUGUUGCGAUAAGGGCGAUACGAUGGGCCUACGAAGUGUUUGCGUCAGUCUAGCGAAGCGAGUGGGAAGUGUAGAUGUGCUUAUAUUGUUCAAUCCUGAGACUGACGGACAAGAUGGUAAACCAGGGAUUCUUUCAAAACUCUGCACUUUGCUCGACAACUGGCCCGUAGGUGAUGCAGAGGGUGGGGAGCAGCACCCUGUGUAUGAUGAGUUCGGCGCUGUUCUUCUCUUCAUCAAUGCCGUACGGGCGCGCUAUCUUCUCUCUUCCUUGACUUCAGAUCCAGUAAUCCUCCAGAACAGCAACGACGAAGACUCUUUCCUUUCGAAAUACUUCAAGACCUCUUCCGUCUCCAAAUCUCCGGACUCACUCUCACCUCACGAGUCGGAGAUCCUUUCCUCCUGGCUCAAAUCUCUCUAUGAAACGGAAGGUAUUUCAGACGAAUUGAUGUCCGCUUGCGCACCUUCUGAGUUUCACCUCCUCAUCGCCACUCUCUUAGACCAGUCCAUCAAAGCCGUCCAUGCCAGGAUCAUUACUCUCGAUACACUUAAAGGUGGUUUCGAGUAUCUCCUCGAGCCCUUCCUCCUACCAAGCCUGAUCGUCGGCUUCAAGUGGUUUGCAGACACCAUGUGGGCAAUGCAAGAAGGAAACCCAAUGAUAGAUGUCACAAUGCAAGCACUCAUUGCUCUCCUCAAACCAGCGCGUCUGUCAAAAGAGUCGGAGAGCAUCCACGCUACUGUCGUCCGCAUUGUAGCGAAGCGAUUAGAAUCUUCCCUCAUCUACCUCACCCGCCAAUUUCCCCCUCGUGGAGACAUAAGGUCCCUCCUGAGCAUCCUCUCCCCCUACACGAAUGACAACGUACUCAAAUUUCUAUCUCGGGACCUGAACUCCUGGACCGCUUACCCCAGAGACGCACUUCGAGGGUCCCUGAAGUUUAUGAUCCAGAAUCUGAUCUUGUGGACGAAUGACUCGGCAAACAAUUUGACCCCAACGCCCUUCCAUUUCCAUAAAUUACAGACUUGCAUCCAAGUUCUCGGCGCUUACAAGACCCUCGAUGCCCUUAUCGAUGAAGUCCAGAACGCCGAUCCCAACCUGCAGGAGGUAGCACUAGAUGUCGUUGCCACGCUCAUCCUUGCGGAAAGGCAUAAAACUUCUUCUUCAGGACAGGCAAACAGCGGGACAAAUAGAAUCCCUAUGAAUUUAGGCAAUCUCUUGGUGAUGCGGUAUGAUGGUGCGGAGGAACUGGCGAAGACGGAUGAUGCUAGAGCUAGUACGAUAGUGAGGUUGUACAAGCGCGUGCAGACGUAUGACGGGCAGCAGGUGGCGAUGCAGAUUGCUCCACAGGGAGUUGCAUUGGGAACGAAUGGCAAUGCUGGGGGGAUGGAAAGGCAUGAGAUCGAUGACGUGCUGGCGGAGGCAGAGGUGCAGAAUGCAGCUGCGCAGGGAUUCUUGAGUGGAGAGGUCCAGGCGGGGGAUUUGAUGGGUAUGGUAUGA